GGCGAGUCUUCGCCGGCUAGUGUGAAAUAUCGCGCCCAAGUGUUACGAGCCUACGGUCACGCGGCGCGGCUCCUCGCGAUACGGCUAUCCUCGGCCGUUGAUGGAGACGUCUGAGGUGCCGCGACGAACGACGAUUUUCCGUCCCCUUUCGCCAGCUCCCCCCGCCGCCCCCCGUCGUGGGAUCGCGUCCGUUUUUCUCGCGGGACAUCGCGAAUCGAUCGCGACAUCGACGAGAAAAAUAAUUCCGAGUCUCGUUCUCACUAUCUUUUAUUUGAAAAACACAUUAUACCGCGGUUCUCUCUCUCUCGUUUACCCUUCGAAUACGCAUUGUCAUUCAGAAUUCAAAACGCUUUAAUUGGUUUUUUGUAAAUUCGAAUCGAGAGGGCGAAAGGCACGAGGUACCGGAGAACGUUGAAGAUGCAAUCGGCAAGCGCUCCACGAACGCCUGGUUCUCCAACGCGUUCUUCGUGUCACGAACGCGAUCGCGAGCGCGAGAGGGAACGCGAACAGGAGCGGAAUCGCGAGCGAGAGCGCGGAAGGCAGAGUCGGACGAGUCCUGAGGAGAAUCGAGAGGAUCGCGAAGAGCGGGGUGCGAUCGCGAGACAGACUCUCGGACCUCCUGCCGCGAUCACGGGGAAUCAAGGAUUGCCGCUGUCCUUGUCGUUGGAGGAUCGGGAGCUCUGGACCAGAUUCCAGUGCAUCACGAACGAGAUGAUCGUCACGAAAAACGGAAGGAGGAUGUUUCCCGUGGUGAAGGUCGUUGCACGUGGUCUGGAACCGGCGGCCAUGUACACGCUGCUACUGGAAUUUGUUCAAAUCGAUCCACACAGAUGGAAGUAUGUCAAUGGCGAGUGGGUACCAGGAGGAAAGGCGGAAGUUGCUCCGCCUAAUCCGAUUUAUAUACAUCCGGAGAGUCCGAAUUUCGGUGCACAUUGGAUGAAGGAGGCGGUAUCAUUCGCCAAGGUCAAGCUAACAAAUAAGUCGAAUGGCAAUGGGCAGAUCAUGCUGAACUCGUUGCACAAGUAUGAACCACGUGUUCAUCUGGUCCGAGUGGGUGCCGAGGAGCAGAGAACGGUUCUCACGUAUCGUUUCCCCGAAACGCAAUUCAUCGCAGUGACAGCGUAUCAGAACGAGGAAGUGACGAGUCUGAAGAUCAAGUACAAUCCUUUCGCGAAGGCAUUUCUCGAUGCUAAAGAGAGGCCCGCCGAUUCACAAACUUAUCCUCAAUAUGCGGGUGCAUUGUUUUUACCGCAGCCCACGAUGGGAUAUGAGUACAAUACUGCAUCCGCAAUAGCCGUCGCACAAAAUCAAGUUUCGGCCUGCGUUAGCAAUCACUUUUCCAAUUCGUGCACGGUCACCACUUCUGGACACAGGAGCACCUGCAGAGCAGCUCCUUAUAGCUUGAGACAUAAAUAUGUCCAAGAUGAACAACACGCAGACGCAUACACGCCGAUGCCUCUGUUGCAUUCCACGGCUUACGUGACGGCACCGGCUUGGUCGCCUCGCAGUCCGGAAUCACUGCAGAAUCUCAACUCCACGUGCUUGUCGUCAGCUGCGUCGCAAGAGUGGCCGACAUCCCCGUCGCCGUCGCCGACGUCGUCGGCGCACACGGUCCUCGGCAGAGCCGUGGUCGGUACCGCGUCCACGACGACCGUGACCGGAUGCACCCUGUACGUACCGUCCCAGGAACAGCACGGACACUGCGUCGACUCGUCCUGGAUUCAUCCAUCCGCGUUGGAACAGCAGCAGCAGCAGCAGUCGCAGCAUCAGCAGCAACAGCAAUCCUACUUAAAUCUAAAUCUUCACCUGCACCAUCAGAUGUCCCCGUACGGUUCCGUUCCGCACACGGGUCUGCAUCAUGGUCUGCAUCCGCAGAGCGGAGAUCCCGUCGCUCCGACAGACGCGAGCGAAUACGUCCACGAGUAUCAUCACGCCUCGCCGGUGCAGUCGACCACCCCCGAUCAGCACCGUCAUCAUCAUCAGCAGCAGCACCCGCAGCAUCACUCCCAAGCGCAGAUGUUGCACUUGCAGGCUCUACCGCAGACGGAAACCUCUUCGCCGGUCAGUGUGGAGUACGAUAGUCCACCUAAGGAGCACCCUCAUAUUCCGAUGGGUUACCCCGAGCAAACCGCGGACGCCUUGAACGAGGUGCAACCGGACGACGAAAGAAGAUACUUGACGGUCGUCGAUCGUCAUCCUCCCCAUCAUCUUCAUCAUCACAAUCAUCGACAAGAUACGGAGAUUGCCGGCGAGCAGCCGAACGCUUGGACGCCGUUGACGCCACCCCCGGCACCGCAGACCACCGCCAUUUGAUUUGAAAAUUCAGAAAAAUGCUGCAUUACGCAGAAUUACGCAUAUUUAAAUUUAUGCGUGACCAUGCGUAAGAUUGUCACAGCAUUCUUAUCGGUGUGACGUGUGAUUGCGAUGGAAGCUAAGUGUAUUAAGCGCGAUAGUUAAUCAAGAAAAUCCUAUCGCACGCAAUAUUGAGAGAGAGAGAGAGAGAGAGAGAGAGAGAGAGAGAGAGAGAAAGAGAGAGAGAUAUUAAAAUAUCAAAUCGUAUCAAUCCGUCCUAAAUAAUGUAGUAUUUCGAUUAUUUUUAAUCAAUUGCGAAUAUUGUUAGUAAUGCUAUGUCAAGUAUAUC